AUGCUCUUUCCAAAAAUCAUAAUCUUUUCGAUUUUUCUGAUUUCAAUCGUUGAUCAACUUCCCACAACAAAAUUGAGUGGAUCAGAAUUCACCAUGAAACCAGAAAAAGCUAGCUUGGAUUUCUCAAUCACAUAUUAUUUGGCUUUGGUUCUCACUGUAAUUCUCAUCGUAUUCUUUUAUUAUUGGGGAAUGUAAGUUAUUUAUGAUUUUCUUUGAGUAAAACUGUGGGUUUUUCAGUGCUGUCGCAAAAGAAAGAAAUGCUCCAAAAAUAAAAUAA